ACUGUCUUCAUUCAAAAAAAGUUCGAGGAUACAUUUUGCGUUUAGUAUGUGAGUGAGGUGAUGUAUCUGUGCGUGCGACAGAUUAGGUCAAAGGUCAAACACAGUAAUUGGCACAUUAGCAGAGGUCAUCUGGAUCAAGAUGAAAUACACGCUAUUGACACACAUACUUACAGCCCUAUCAACAUUGGCGCAGAUCAGGUCGUGUCAGGGUGCGUGUGAAAGGGACAGUUCAAUUCUCAUCAAGAGACCUCUGGUAGACCUUGACAGUUACAGAAAGAUUUACCUCAGGCUACGCUCACCAAUAAAACGUGGCCGCCUCUGGAAGGAAACUGCGGUACCCAAAUCACCGGAAAGCAUGAGCAUUUUUGACGAGCAGUGCGGGGUCCCCAAGAUUGACACGUCAGUGACCAUUUUAAACGGAAGCAACGCCCCUGAAGGGUCGUGGCCAUGGCAGGUGCUAAUCAGAGGCGAGCAGAAGCUGUGCAGCGGCGUCCUCAUCUCAGACAGGUGGGUGCUGACGGCGGCGCACUGUAUCAACAAAACAGAAAAUAUUGUUAUGGGGCUUACAGAUCUGGAUACGUGGAGGCUGGGCACCCAGUAUAGGUCAGCCGCCAUUGAGGCGAUUCAUAGAAAUUUCCAUCCAAUCUUAAAAGAGGGCGACAUCGGGCUGAUUAUGCUAAACAAGCCGGUGGCUUUUAACGACUAUAUCCGGCCUAUUUGUAUUCUGAAGUCGAGCCCCUGGGACUUUAUCUACCCGGAAGUCUGCUACGUCACAGGCUGGGGGGUCCACAUCCUCGGCGAGAAAAAAAUACACAGUAAAAUGCAGCAGCUGAAGGUCCAGAUCAUGCCCCAUUCCAGCUGCAGGCUGCUGUGGAGCCUGAGAGGCAUCGUCAUCCACUCGGGGCAUGUCUGCCUGGAAUUUAACUCCACAGCGCACUUGGCCGGGGCCUGCAGCGGGGACUCUGGGGGCCCCCUGAGCUGCAAGAUCCAGGGGAAGUAUUACUUGCUGGGCCUCGCUAGCUUCGUGGAAAAAGGUUGUUUGCGGAGCUUCACGCCUGACGUGUACACGCGCGUGUCUGACUAUUUGGAGUGGAUUAAAGAAACUAUUACAAAGCACAGCUGACAUUUCAUAAGAUCAAGCAAUUACUAAUUAUUGCUUUGAUUCACAUCUUAGUCAUCAGUGUAUCUUUAAUAAAGAAAUGCCCUUGUACCUUCGCGAAUUGAUCACUCCACAUGUCCCUCACAGAACAUUGCGCUCAUUGCUUUUAGUGGUGCCACGUUUAUCCCUCAAAAGCUACGGUCUGCGGGCUUUUUCAGUGCACUGACCAAAGGUUUGGAACUCACUCCCUAGACAAACAACAUGCUACACUACUUUUUAAGAAAAAGAUUGUAAGACCUGUUUAACACUUGUUUAGAUUAGUUUUGUCAUUUUAGCUCUCGUAUUUAUGUGUUAUGUUACCACAGCGCCUUGAGCCUACAUUUUGUUUGUUAAUAGCGCUCUGUAAAAUUAAAUUAUUAUUAUUAUUACUAUGAUUUCAGAUAAAGCUGUAACAAUUACUGAAUAUUAUAGAACUCGGGGAUUAUGUGUUAUUAGUAUAGAUUUAGAAUUAGGCUUUAAGGCACAUCGGCUCAGUGUAGGCCGUGCCGUGCCCCGUAUUGAUGAUUUGUGGGCAUUUGUGGGCAUAUGUGGGCAUAUGAACCAUAA